UAUAGUUGCUGCUUCCUCGACUGCAGCCAUGAACACAAGUUACCCGACUGUCGCUUCCCACCCCCCACGAAUACUACGCAACAAUGCGUGGAAUUUGAUAUAUGUAUGGUAAUGAUCUCAGAUGAUCUUUCAGUCUGCAAACAAAUCUAUUAUAAUGUAAACUCGAUCACCAUGACUUGGUCGCCAUAUAAACGACGCUUAAUAAAGGGCAAUUACUGAACUACAAAGGUGUUGUAUUAUGGCCGAAAUAACUUAAAAAAACAUCGUUUUCUCGGCGUGAUCUGUCCCCCACUGUCGAGGUAGGGUAUUCUAUUCAUGUAUGGUGUAAAGGUGUAACAAAUUAUUUCAAAACAUGUCGAAUACAAGCCCACGAAACGCCGAAACAUUAAGGAAAUUUCAACGGGACGUUUCAAGAUUGUUGACCGACACGGACAGGGAUUAUCUUCACGACCUUCUGAAAGAUUUUCAUUCCAGUAGGUCGGUGGAACAUUUGGUUACUAGCUUAAAGUCAUGUCUUGAUACGCCGAAGAAGCUGGACUUGCUCGUUGACAUACGUAACCUAUUGCCAGCCAGCUACAGAAACAAGUUCGAUAACUUAGCACCGUACAAUAUGAUGUCAAAGCCAUUCCGUCCUCCUAGUCAAACAGAGAUGCAUAAAUCACACAGCACAAACUCAUUGAAGUCGCGAAGAAACGGUAGCUUUCGUGUGGUGAACAUUCAGAAACCAACUCCGGAUUCUAGUUUGGGAUUCUCGAUACGUGGCGGUCGGGAGUUCGGUACUGGUGUAUAUAUUUCUAACGUUGACGAAAACACUAUGGCGCUCAAGGAAGGAUUGCAAGUUGGCGACCAAGUUAUCGAAUGUAAUGGUAUCGAUUUUGAAAAUAUCACCCACAGUUCAGCGGUCAAGUUGUUAUCUGGUAUUAGUAAAGUGAAGUUGGUAGUGAAAUCGGAAGGCAGAGUACCUGAGUUUAAUGAAAUAAAAGCUGGUUUUUCAUGGGUUGAUAGCCAUGGUUUACCAGUUGAAGACGUGGUGAACGACAGUGAUAAUAGCGAUAAGGCCAGUAGCGGGCAUCAUAGUCUCGAGUUUCAACCGAAUAUCAAUCUUCUGAAUAGUGUUGACGAGAAGAGGAUAAAUUUUGUAAUUGAUUCUGAAAACAAUGAAUUUAUUGGAUUCAAUAUCCGAGGGGGGAACGAGUAUGGAUUGGGGAUUUAUGUUUCAAAAGUUGACAGAGGAUCCGUGGCAGAGCACGCUGGACUGCAAGUUGGAGACCUCAUACUGAAUGUCAAUGGUACAAGUUUUGAAAGUAUUGCGCAUCAAGACGCAGUUAACCUUUUAAAAUCCCAGCAGCACAUCAUAAUGACUGUGAAGUCGGUUGGAAUAUUGCCUGCCUCACAACUGUUUUAUUCCGAUGUGUGUUGGAUAUACCCAGACGGGACCAAGGCAAAUGUUUCCCACGAGACAAGACAGAAUAUGUCGACGCUAUCUGUACCAGAUACACGUUUUCAAGAAGCUUUGCGUAGGGACUCCAGUGUUCAAGUAGACUUGAUAGAGCUCAGUCCAUCUCCAAGUCUUUCAAGAUCAGAGAUUGGCAUUCAGGCCGAGAUCCCUGUGAAGGAUAUACAAAUUGAAGUUUCAGAAUCUGAGCUAUAUGAAUCACCCAAAGAAGCGUUGCUCGAAAAAAAGCCCGCGAAAACUCCACAAGAAAUAUCCAUCCAAACUGACCCUCCCCAGGCUUCUGAACCGAGUCCUUAUGACGUCAUACAAGCGGCCAGUCCUUACGUCACGAGUCUCAACACGAAGACGGCGAAGCUAAAAAGUGGCGAUGAUGAAUCAACUGGAAGUGUGAAUGAGCGCAGUUCGAACGGAAGUGGCGUGAGCGGCGAUGACUUGCUGAGUCGAUCAGGUGACAACGAAGAUGGAAGCCAUAGGAAGAGCGAUAAACGAAAAGUGAAAAAGUCCAAGUCGUUCUUGCAAAAACAAGGGGACAAAAUCAAAGCGAAGCUGAGCUUUAGGAAGAAGGGAGAUCAGAAGCAUAAAGUCCGCAAGAAAGGUUACAAAGAAAUUAUGAAUCAUGUUGAUAACAGAUGUAAAAACCUUCUUGACGACAUUGAUUAUAACACGGUCAUGACGGAAAUUAAAUCGUAUAAGGACCAAGAAGUGGAUGUCGAAGGACUGGUGAAUAAUUUGCUGGUAACACUGGACACUCCGAGAAAGGCUAUUCUUCUCAGAGAUAUCAGGGGUGUUAUUCUUCCCUAUGACGUCGGAAGAUUUGAUGCGAUGAUUUCAAAUCGGGAGGUUGAAGCUCUGGAGUUUUACGGCAAUAAGGCCCCAGCCUCUCCUGUCCUGGAAGACAAUGAAAUCACUACAAAACCAAAGAAGACCUUGGUUGAAGCUGUGCAAGACAGCCACGGUAAUUUCCAUCUCCGUACUCGAAGCGAAGCUGAGCAAAUCAAGAAAACACGCGAGGAACUAAAGAAAGAACGUCUUGCUUUAAAAGUCCAAGGAUCGUCUAUCUUAGAGCGAGAAGCGAAGAAGAGUGGACACGAUGAUAGAGCAUCUUGGUCAAAUGAAAAUGCUAACAAUAAUAUUGAGAUGGGACCGAUGAUACAAGUUAUCGAUGCCUCGGCUGAUUCUCCCCACCUCAGCACCUUUGGCGUGCCCUCACCUCCUCCUAUAUUGACCCCAGACCUCCCAGCCGUGGAGGUCGACGACACGUCCUUCACAAAUCCAGCGAGCAGUUCAGAGUUUGGAAGUUUCCUGACAGUCCCUGAUCGAGUCUCUGUUGAAUACAAAGAAGCCGAAAAGCAACAGCUCAGUUUUGAACUGCCGAAGAUACGCACAAGCAUGGGUAGGUGCCGGUUAGAUUAG